GCCUCCGAGCCGCCAGGGGCCGGGUCAGCAAGGCAAGCUCGUCGUUCUUUAGUCUCCAGCUCCUGUGCGCCGCUUCGACCGGUUGGGGAGGCGUAACCAGGAAGUGGCGCCAGGAAACGUCUCUGUCACCCGAGCGGGGUGUCUUGGCUGGCUGGCAUGGAGGGCAGCGGCGGCGGCUGUGGGGAGCGUGAGUGUAAAAAUCACAGCCAUGGUCCCCUUGGCCUUCAUGGCCACAGCUGGUCUAAAAUGUAUGAAGAAAAAGAUCUACCAGAAGAACAAGAUGUGCUUCCUUUUGUGGGGGGCUACAGCAAUUUUGAUAUUGUCAAAGCAACUCAAUAUGGCUUGUUGGACCGGUGUCAGGAGUUGGUGGAAGCGGGAUAUGAUGUACGACAGCCCGACAAAGAAAAUGUGACCCUUCUUCACUGGGCAGCAAUAAAUAAUCGGCUUGAUCUAGUAAAGUUCUUUAUUUCCAAAGGUGCAGUGGUGGAUCAACUAGGAGGGGAUUUAAAUUCAACACCACUUCAUUGGGCUGUUAGACAAGGGCAUUUGUCUAUGGUCAUAUUGUUGUUAAAAUGUGGAGCAGACCCAACUCUUAUUGAUGGCGAAGGAUAUAGCAGUCUGCAUUUAGCUGUGCUUUUUCAGCACAUGCCCGUCAUAGCUUACCUCAUAUCAAAGGGUCAGAGUGUAGAUUCAGCUGAUCGAAAUGGACAAACACCUCUUAUGCUGUCAGCCCACAAAGUAAUUGGGAUGGAACCUACUCGUUUUCUGUUAAAGUUUAAUCCUUCUAUCAAAGUUGUAGACGACAUAGAGAAAAACACUGCGUUGCAUUGGGCUGUUAUAGCAGGAAAUAUUAGUGCUGUAGAUGUAUUGUUAGAAGCUGGAUCCAGUCUGGACAUCAAAAAUAUCAAGGGAGACAGGCCACUUGAUCUCGCUCAUCAAACUAAAAAUCGCUUACUUACUCACUUGCUUUCUGAAGAAGAAAAAAUAAGAGCCAGAAAAACUUCCAGGUUUCUGAGGAUUCUGGAGAAAAAUGAGUUCUUGCUCUUGCUAGUGUCAUCGUUGACGUUGAUAUGGGCUAUAGGAUAUGUAGCAGACUUAAAUUCUGAUUCUUGGCUGCUGAAAGGAAGCUUGCUAGUCUUCAUAUUUGUUAUCCUAUCCCUGUUUGCAAGGCAGUUUGUAGGAUUCAACAAACUAAAAUAUUUUCCAGUAGCGUUCAUGCUUGGUUCUGUCUUCUGGAUAUCUUGGACCUGUUUUAUCCGUUUCCUGCCUGAUUUUUCAGGCACAGUUUCUCAGCUUCCCUUUUUUCUUGGCAUGGUUGGUCUUUUCUAUUAUUUCUACAAAACUGUCAGGACUGAUCCUGGAUUCAUUAAGACUACAGAAGAAGAGAAUAAAAAGAAUAUAAUUGACCUCGGAGAAUCUGGCUGCUUGGAUUUCAGAACCUUUUGCACAUCAUGUCUCGUGAAAAAACCUUUGAGAUCCAUGCACUGCCACACUUGCAACUCUUGUGUAGCUAGAUAUGACCAACAUUGCAUUUGGAUUGGACGGUGUAUAGGUGUUGGCAACCAUUCUUAUUUUGUUCUGUUUCUCUUCUUCCUGACAAUGGUGAAUAUUUGGGCUAUAUACGGAACAAUUCUGUAUUGGUCAGAACACUGCACAACAACAUAUCGGGAAGAUGGAGCCUGGAUUUCCUUCACACAGAUUGUGUCAUGUUCUCCAUGGGUGUUGUACAUUUUCACACUAAUAUUUUUUCACACAUCAUGGGCUACAUUGCUGCUAAUCCUUCAGCUUUAUCAGAUUUCAUUUCUUGGAUUGACCUCACAUGAGAGGAUUACCCUCUGGAGUAAGCGUUCAAAGCAUCCUGUUUCACUCAGGAAAACUCCUUAUAACCAUGGAUGCCUCCAGAACCUAGCAGACUUCUUUACUUGUAGAUGCUUUGGAAUGUUCAAGCCCAACAUCAUUGACUGGACUAAGCAGUACACACUAACAUUUCAUACAGUGAAGGAUGUUCAUCCUGUGUGAAGAGAACCUGCACCAGAUUCAUCUGGUGGCUUAAAUAAAUGUGGAUAUUUGGUGUAUAUAUUGUACAAUUUACAAAUUAUUCUGUAAUUCCCUUGGUUAUAUUAUUGUUAUGUUGGAAAAGAAAGUAAAGUUUACAUGCACAAACUGCAGCAAACUCAAUAAUGCAAUGACAAUUGUAGUUUAUAUAUGACAUCUUUGAAUAGGUUUGUUUGGAAAGAAGUACAACUGUGAAAUAUCAUUUUUCAAAUUGCUAAUGAAAGGUCUCUUUUUAAUAAAGUAGUUUGUAAAUCCUA